ACGACGUCGGUUGUUGUCUUACGCUUGAAUCACGCAGUAAUUAAGAGGAAGAACCCAUGAAACCAUAGUACUGAAUGCCUGAAAAUUCGAAGAAAUUUUCGAGCUUUGACUGUAAAGCUCCGGUUUUGAGCACAGGGGCUUCAUUUUUCUGUGGUAAAGUUUCGAGAUUUUUGGUAUUCUUGAGGUAUGCAAACAGAAGCAAGAGUUGGGGUGGUAAACUCCGGCCAUGGAGGAGGGGUGGCUUCAGUGGAUAACGCUGCGCUGAAGUUUAAGCAACAGCAAGAGUUAUUACAGCAGCGGGAAACCCGGAUCGGUACACUGUCGGAGCUUCUUGCUGGAGGGGUAGCUGGUGCUCUGAGCAAGACCUGCACUGCGCCUCUGGCUCGUCUUACCAUUCUCUUCCAGGUGCAAGGAAUGCACUCUGAUGCUGCAACAUUGAGAAAAGCUAGCAUAUGGCAUGAAGCAUCAAGAAUUAUUAGGGAGGAGGGGUUUAGGGCUUUCUGGAAAGGGAACCUGGUUACAAUUGCUCAUCGUCUACCAUAUUCUUCUGUCAACUUUUAUGCAUAUGAUCACUACAAAAAGUUAAUACAUAUGAUUCCAGGAAUGGAAAGGCAUGGUAAAAAUAUGAGUGCAGACAUUGGCAUUCGUUUUGUAUCUGGUGGUUUGGCAGGAAUAACAGCUGCGUCAGCUACGUAUCCACUUGAUCUUGUGAGGACACGUCUUGCGGCCCAGACAAAUGUGAUCUACUACAGAGGGAUAUGUCAUGCUUUACAAACUAUCUGCAGAGAGGAGGGCAUGUUGGGUCUUUACAAGGGACUUGGAGCAACACUUUUAGGCGUUGGGCCUAAUAUAGCAAUUAGCUUUUCAGCGUAUGAGACCUUUAGAUCUUACUGGCAGUCACAAAGGCCCAAUGAUUCAACUUUUGUUGUCAGUCUGGCAUGUGGCAGUCUUUCAGGGAUCGCAUCAUCAACUGCAACGUUUCCUCUGGAUCUUGUAAGGCGACGCAAACAAUUAGAAGGGUCAGGUGGUAGAGCCCGUGUUUAUACAACAGGACUUUUUGGUACAUUCAAGCACAUAUUGCAGACAGAAGGCAUGCGCGGUCUAUACAGAGGUAUCCUACCGGAAUACUACAAAGUGGUGCCCGGAGUUGGGAUAUGUUUCAUGACUUACGAGACACUGAAGAACCUCUUAGAAAACAUUUCAACCCAAUUGUAGUUGGUGCAAGUAUAUCUCUAUCUUUGCACCUAAAAUAUAAGACAGCAGCAGACUUUGUAAUGAAACAUUACAUGCUCAUUUAGGUUGAUUCACAUACACAUCACAGCAGCAAAAUUUGCUGACAAAUUACAGAUAUUGAAUUUUCCUUGUGUAAAUAGAUUCACACAGGACUACAGAUAUUCAACAAUGUUAUACCGACAAUAAUUUCAUUUGAUUCAA